CCUCCAUCUCAACCUCUCCCUUUAUUUCGUUCACGGCUACGUUCUUAUCUACUCACAAGAAAGCAAUAAAAGACUCUUUCUUGCUCUCUUGAUUUGCUCAAAAGUAUCGAAUUUGCCAAGUGGUUUACGUUUAGAACGAUGGGUUCUUCUGCGGAGCAGUGCAUUUUGGUGACAGGUGGUGCUGGGUUCAUUGGGACGCACACUGUUGUUCAGCUUCUGAAUCAGGGCUUCAAGGUUUCCAUCAUCGACAAUCUUGAUAACUCUGUCCUUGAAGCUGUUCAUAGGGUUCGUGAGCUUGUUGGUCCUGAUCUCUCUACCAAGCUUGAGUUCAAUCUGGGUGAUUUGAGAAACAAAGGCGAUAUUGAGAAACUCUUUUCUAAUCAGAGAUUUGAUGCUGUGAUUCACUUUGCUGGUCUUAAAGCUGUGGGUGAAAGUGUUGGAAACCCUCGUCGUUACUUUGACAACAACUUAGUUGGAACUAUCAAUCUCUAUGAGACAAUGGCAAAGUACAACUGCAAAACGAUGGUGUUUUCCUCGUCUGCAACAGUGUAUGGCCAACCAGAAGUAGUCCCUUGUGUGGAAGACUUUGAGUUACAGGCUAUGAAUCCUUACGGUCGCACCAAGUUGUAUCUUGAAGAGAUAGCUAGAGACAUUCAUGCGGCAGAACCAGAGUGGAGGAUAAUUCUUUUGAGGUAUUUCAAUCCUGUUGGAGCUCAUGAGAGCGGGAGGAUUGGAGAAGAUCCAAAGGGCAUACCAAACAAUCUCAUGCCUUAUAUCCAGCAAGUUGCGGUUGGAAGAUUACCUGAACUCAAUGUGUUUGGACAUGACUAUCCUACAAAGGAUGGUAGCGCGGUCAGAGACUACAUCCAUGUAAUGGAUUUAGCAGAUGGACAUGUGGCUGCAUUGAACAAGCUAUUUAAUAAUCCAAAGAUUGGUUGUACUGCUUAUAAUCUUGGGACUGGUCAGGGAACUUCAGUCUUGGAAAUGGUCUCUGCUUUUGAAAAAGCUUCUGGCAAGAAAAUCCCAAUGAAGCUAUGUCCAAGAAGAGCUGGAGAUGCAACAGCUGUUUAUGCUUCAACUGAGAGAGCUGAGAAAGAACUCAACUGGAAGGCACAGUAUGGAGUGGAUGAGAUGUGCAGAGAUCAAUGGAACUGGGCAAACAAGAAUCCAUGGGGUUUCCAGGAAAAGCCUUGA